CGAGGAUGGCGAGUGCCUCCUACAAUAAGUGAUGUCAACGACGGCAGCUCGGCCUUCGGGUUGACAAGUGACUCGUCUAUUCCUCCUGCACUCCAGAGAAUUCCUGGAUUUUCCUGAAUUAAGGCGAUAUAAAAAUGGGAUCCUUCGCGCCCUUGGUCGUGGAGCAGGUGUACAUGUACGAGGAGAAGAAUGCAUCGGCACACAGGACGAGUAACUUCGAGGUGGUGCACGAAGAUUCCCCGACCCCGGUGCUUCGUCGAGGACAGGCAUUUAAUCUCGCCUUAAGGUUCGACAGAGAUUACGUGGACGAGAGCGACAUCGUCAGGUUGCUCUUCAGCUUCGGGCCGAACCCCAGCGUGCUAAAAGGAACCAGGGGGGUAAACACCAUCACGAAUAGAGACGCAUACCUGACGGACCUGGAGGCAUGGGGUGUCAGGAUGGUGGGAGCCUACGGGACCGAUCUUUCCGUGGAAGUCAGGAGUCCCAUUGACAGUCCUGUCGGGGUUUGGCAGCUGAACGUGGAGACGACCACGGUUGGCAGUAAAAGCCCGCCCAACACCUUCCACUUCGAGAAGGACAUCUACCUGUUGUUCAAUCCUUGGCUGAAGGAGGACCUCGUGUACAUGGAGGACGAGCAGCUGCUGGACGAGUACGUGCUGAACGACGUGGGGAAAAUCUGGAUCGGGCCCAUGGGCAGUUCCCGAGGGAGGGAAUGGGUAUUUGGCCAAUUCGAUGCCUGCGUCCUUCCUGCCUGCCAAUUGUUGCUGGAAAGGUCGGGAAUUAAGGCAGCCUCCAGGGGAGAUCCUAUCAAGAUGACUCGAGCCAUUUCCAGGAUCGUGAAUUCGAACGACGACCAGGGCGUGGUGACGGGUCGAUGGGACGGAAAUUACGAAGACGGUACAGCUCCUGCAGCCUGGACAGGAAGUGUCCCGAUCCUGGAGCAGUUCCUGGAGACCGGGGAGGAGGUGAAGUACGGACAAUGUUGGGUCUUCGCAGGAGUGGUGACAGCAGUCUGCCGAGCCCUGGGGAUCCCCUCCAGGGUGAUCUCGAACCUGGUCUCGGCGCACGACGCCAACGCCUCGUUAUCAGUGGACCGAUACUACAAUCUGGACAACGAGGAACUAGAAUACGACCCUGAGAACCCCAACGGGGAGGACUCGAUCUGGAAUUACCACGUUUGGAACGACGUGUGGAUGGCAAGGCCGGAUCUUCCCAUAGGGUACGGAGGCUGGCAAGCCAUCGACGCGACUCCUCAGGAACCUUCGGAUGGGGUUUAUCAAUGUGGUCCAGCCUCCGUCGAGGCUAUCAGAGAAGGAGCAGUCGGCUACAACUACGACAUCCCCUUUAUGCUGGCCUCCGUGAACGCCGACCUGAUGAGAUGGAAGGAAGACCCCGAGAGCGAGUUCGGCUACUCCAAGAUCGAGUGCAACAAGUACCACAUAGGGAGGAUGAUCCUGACGAAGGCGCCCUGGGUCUUCGACCCCAACGGCGACAAGGAUAAAGAGGACAUCACCUUCAUCUAUAAGGCUCCGGAAGGAAGCCAGGCUGAACGGCUUACCUUGUACAGAGCGGUGAGAGGGACCGAGAGGGCGAAGAGGUUUUAUUCUCUGCCGGCUCCUGGGAAAGAGGACGUCGAGUUCGAUCUCGAAGACCUCGAGAGGGUCAACAUCGGAGACCCGUUCUCGGUGGUGGUGAGGAUAAAGAACAGGUCCAGCGAGCCCAGGACCAUCCAGGCCAUCCUGUCUGCAGGAAGCGUUUAUUAUACAGGAGUCAAGGCUAAUUUGGUGAAGAGGGCCACUGGGGAGUUCGUCGUGCAGGCCAAAGAGAACGAGACCCUGAAGCUCACGGUGACGGUGGACGAUUAUCUGGACAAAUUGGUGGAGUACUGCAUAAUGAAGCUGUACGCCAUCGCGACCGUCAAGGAGACCAGGCAGACCUGGGCCGACGAGGAUGACUUCCAGGUCCUGAAACCCAACAUCGACGUCAAGAUCGAGGGCGAGCCGAUGGUCGGGAAACCCUCCACCAUCACGCUGAGCUUCAAGAACCCCCUGAAGAGGAGGUUGACAGAUUGCAAAUUCAAUUAUGCCGGCCCUGGUUUGUCGAAGAACAAGACCCUCGCGUUUAGAGACGUGGAACCCGAAGAAGAGGUCUACGUGGAGCAUCAGCUGGUCCCCCAGAAAGCCGGGAACCAGAAGAUCGUCGCCACGUUUACGUCCAAUGAGCUCGUCGAUAUCACAGGAUCUGCGGCCGUGGAUGUCCUGGAUGUCGAUUGAACGGAAUAGAAUCUUGUUUAAUUACCCGCGUACAAAGUAUAGGUAUAAGCAUAGACCUAGGUACUGACAUCGUUUGUAACAAAUUGCUACGUCGAGAUUUAUCUCACCUGGCGUACCAGUUUCCUCGUACUCACUCUGACUUGCAGUACGCUAAGAUUUUAAUUAUUGAUGUCAUGAUAUUAGAUUCAUUAUUGCUAUAUUAUAUUAGAUUCAAACUGCUACGUUA